AUGACCUUUACAGCGUCAAAAUGCUUCCAAUAUAAAGAAGAUCAUGGCGUCUCCAAUUCGAAGUCAAUCGCAGAGUUAUUUCGAGUCACAGUUGGUGACUGCCUGAACUAUUGUAUACUGAAUGCAGCUAGGAUGGGGGAUGGCUGCUCCUCAGUGACCUACCACAAGAUGCAUUCUACAUGUCAACUUUAUGGACAUAGCGGAAAUUUCCAUGAAGCCGAAGUGGUCCCAGCCUAUGGCCACGACUUUUACGAGCGCACGAGUUGGGUUGGAGUUUGCCAGGAUAAGGCUGUUCCAAAACGUGGCUACAAACAACAUCCACGCCAAUAUGCAGCUCAAAUUGAACCCGUAGAGAGUCCCAUUGAACUUACAAAAUACGAAAAUUCCUUAGAUUCUCAAAUGGGAUCAUUAGACUUCACGGUAAUGCUUUCAAGUGAAAAUUUGUAUAAAUCUGCGAUAAUCUUCGAAGAACCUACUGACGGAUACCGCUUCUUGAAUCCUACGCAUAGCAACGCAUGUCAAAAGGAGGAAACAGUCAGCUAUUUUGUCUUCUUUGGAUAUCGAUUAGCGUCCACAAACGUUGCGGCUCGGCUCAAAGGAAUCGAUCAAAGCAGUUGCGUUAUGUACUGUACACAGAAUAUCAACUCCAACGGAGAAACGAUCCCUUGCUACGCAGCGAAUUAUGAACCCGCUGACGAGAAGUGUUACCUCUAUGGAGAACGUUCAAAGUCAGACCGAAAUAUUGCUCAUCUUGGCACUGACGCCAAUUUCAUCUUUGCUGACAAGUUCUGUGUCCAGAGUAAGAAACAAUCUUUUUAUACCAGGUUUACUUGUGUUUUUAAGUGCUGA